GCAUGCUGCUUUGAAGGAAGCGGAUUGUUGGCAAGAAAACUUGGGUUUACAACUCAAAAAAUUGAACUAAACAGUGGUGCGGCGGGGGAACUCUCCUAAACUUCUUCCAUACCCUUUCAUUCUGAGACAGAUGACAAGGAACAUGGAAGCAACACAAGAAUUCUCCUCAGUCCCAAAAGUCCAACUUCAACAGAAGUAUUGGGUAACAGAAGAUAGUAAAGCUAAACUGCUGGCGGUUGGUGCCAAAUGUUUGGAGCUAGUCACUUACAGAGAACAUUAUUACGAUACUACUUCAGAUGACCUAGCAAUGGCUCAAUUAUGGCUUAGUCAAAGAAAUCAACAGUGGCAUCUUAUACUAGAAUCUCAGGAGCAGAUGGAUAGAGAAAAUGUUGCAAACCAGAACAAACCAGAAAAUAUUCAGAGUGCUAAACCUACUGUCUAUGAAGAAAAGAAGCAAACACAAUUUGAGCCUAACAAUCAAAAUGACCAGCAACUUGAUUUGAUUGAAACAGAUAGUACAUAUACAUGUGCAGCAGCCAGUUCUGCAUAUACUGAACUAGUUGGGGAAAGAGAGAUAAUUACACAUCUGGCAAACUUUCUUAACAUAGAUUUGAAAUUUGAGGAAGACGCAAACAUGACCAUGGAAGACUUUCUGAAGAAGGCUGGUAUCCAGCAUUAUGCAAGCAAUCAUGUUAUUAAUCAAAUAACAUAUAAACUGUGUGACCAGUACACAAUUAUAAUUCAAAGGGAUGAAAGCUCUUUGAAGGAGUCUGCAACUAUAUUGUUAGAUAUGGAUAUUUUAAAUAUUUGCAAAGGCUUUGAAGAAAUGGAAAAAUUAGCGAAUUACCUGCAAUUUGAACAUCAAGCACUUCAAAGUGAACAGGAACUGCUCAUGUAACAACAAAAAACCCACCAUGAGACCAAGUCCUUCAAAUUUGUGAACAAUUUUCUAAGAAAUGGUUUAAGGAUAUGAUUACCAGAUCAAUACAUUUUUUGCCCCUUUAAAUUUAAAUCCAGUGCAGUGUGUAACAAAAUCUUAUGCAGCUUGGAAAUACAGAUUUAUGGCAAUGGCAGCAGUACAACUGAUUAAUGCCAACAGUGAUCUAUGAAUAGCACUGUUAACAGCUGCUGGAGGAAAUACAUUCUAGAGAGCCCCACUAAAACGAACUGCUUAAGAUUAGUUUCCUAUUUUCAAAACUGCAAAGGCUACAUCUUGGUUCAAUUAAAUAAAUCCCUCAAUCAACCAACCCUAAUCUUUUCAUUUAACAGUUUUAGACAAAAAACACAUUUCCUGCAGAAAAAAAUCUGUCUUCAGCAAACUAGAAUCUCAAUAGCUAUGAGCAAAUAGCUUAAAAUAUUUUGCAUUUUUUACAGUGAAUACAUUGCCACUUGAAAGAGCUCCUGCACUUACACUAUGCACAAGCAUUUAAAUGAGACUUCUUUAUUUUAAAGCAAAAUUCAUCGCAACAUUUUUAUUAGAACUGUUAAUGCAAGCUUGAUCUUUCACUGCACAACCCUUAUAUAUAAAGAGGAGUCAUAGCUUGAAGCCUAUAUUACAGCUGCUGGAUACAUGUGCAGGAAAGUCAUGCAUAUCCUUGAAUCUCUCUCAUUCACACCAUGAUGUGCAAAAUGGUUUUGUUUACCUGUCAAACAAAAAUCCAUUUUAUCUGCCUCUUAAGAAAAGAAUCAUAUGACACAUUCUCUCUUUAACAUGCCCUCAGUUGUGAUUCAGCAUUUCAUUCACUACUUUGGUGGUAGUAGUAUACAGUCAUACCUCCGAAGUUGAACGGAAUCUGUU